CUGGUAAAGGUUUAACAGAUUGGAAAAUCUCUCGGAAGAAGCCUGGAACCUUCGUCACACUCUCCUGUCCAAGUUGCAAGGUAAUUGCAGACUGUUUACCGGGAGUGGAUAACAAUUUUGCUACACACUGGAACCGCUCCCCAUGGAGUCGCGCAUAAAGCGACUGUUUCGGAGCAAGAGCAAAAAGCACAAGCAGGAACAGGGCCAGAAGACACAACCACAAACCCUUCGAUCCCACCAUGGGCGCACCGAUGGGGCGGCACGAGCUGACCCCUUACUGCGGACUUCUGCAUAUGAAUCGCUUCCUGCACGCGGGGAGCCGCUUACCGGAGCCUAUCCGCUGAGAGGCAAUGGCGAAGGCUCUGCUCCAAUACUCAAUGGACGCCAACGUGCUCUGCGACAAACGCAUAAUGGAUUGGGAAACCCUCAUCGCGCCACCAAGAGUGACGUUGCAGUGCCACCCUUGCCGCCGGACAUGGAAGAUGCCCUAAAACAUCAUCGCCAGUCAGCUUCUACCGGAAACUUGAGCAAUACUAUGCACAGAAACGGCGUACCUGGAAUGGCCUUCACCACAGACAAGCCAGAACCUCUCACGAAUCAUGGUAUCUCCCGAGAUGUCUUAACGACGGCCUCGGGAAAUGGGGACGGUCAGUCUCGCCGCCGCAAGCCGCCUCCAAGGCAGCAUGUUGACUUACUUUUAGCAGCCGGACUCCCACAUGAAUAUUCAGCUAAAGCCCCACCUGCUCCGAGGAAUGGAAACUAUAACGAAGCCAUAGCUGAUCGCAAUAUUGAAAACACAAGCACGGCAAUGCCGGACCACUCCAAGAUAUUGAACGGCGACGGACACCGUGUCUCUUCGGAGCGGAAGCUGCCUGAAGAGACAUCCAAACCACUGGCAGCUGGGCAAGGCGCUCCAGUCAAUAGUGAGCUUGCUUCUUCUCUCAUUGAACGCGCGCGAAAUGGCGAGUCGCCACCACCUCGCCAAAGUUCGAGAAAUCAAGCAGAGUUACGGGAGAAAGUGGAUGGCGACCGAUCAGUAAGGGAAAGGCCUUACUCUGGAGUAAUUUUGUCGGCAACGCCUCCGGGAACACGUAACGUCUCGAGCAAUCAAAAUGACAUGCUAAACAAGUCUUUGCCACCUGUGCCAACUACAGAGAGGGAAAAUGCAAGCGUCGUGUCCAAGAAUGAGCCUAGAGCAACAGAGAAAGCGGAGCCUUCAAAUACUACUAGUGAGGUUACGAGGAAACCUUUUCCGGUCCAGGAUGGUUCAAAGCUACCGUCACUAGAGGGAAUAGUGGAUCUAUCCAAUACUGUCGAUACGACCGUCUCAGAAAGAGUUGCACCAGGUAUAUCCUCUCCCCAGUGCCUAUGUUUUGGAUAUCUGGCUCAGUCUCAACAGCUGUCACCCAUGAAACCGUGAGCAAGAAGAUACACCACUCUCGCGAAGAGGUCACCACGCGUGAGAUUCAUCAUCACGAGGUUUAUCAUCGAAUUCAGCCUAUCAUAGACGUGGAAGUGUUGCCUCCGCGUCAUUUUCUCCCAGUUGAAGGGGGCGGUCUCGUGGAAAUAUCAGGCGACAAUCUUCCAGGACGUCAAGGUCAUUGGGUAAUCGCGGAAACAGUCUCAAAUAUUCCGUCCGACGAGCAAGCUCCAGAUAUUUCUCCACGAUUCUCCGCCCGGAAGUUUGGACCCACCGAAGGA